CGUGCGUCAAAGGCGGUGCGGGCUGAGGGAGACGCAGGUGUUCCAGGAGGAAGCUGGCGGGAACAUGUCCUCUGCGUCUUCUCUCUCCUUCUUUGCGGCUGAGGAAGCGGGACGGAAUAAAAGGAAGCGGCGACACUUGCAGGAAGCGCGCACGGAGUCACAAUGAAGUCCAUCAUCAAUGCCUUAAAGAAGGAAGUGCCUUUCCACGAGGUUCCAGCAUAUUCCAAACAACACGGAGGCCCGCAAUCCGGCAUCAGUGGAAACAGCCAGUCCCCCACAGCUUUAUCAGCUCCUGGAGUGUUGCUGCGCUCCAACAGUGACAACAACUUUACAGCGGGUCAGUACCAGCAGCCCGCUUCAGCCGGCAACUGGGGGAAGCACUUUCAGCCACAGCCAAAGCGGCCCCCUCAGCAGGGUACCUCACAGCCUGGCUCUUCAGCGUUACAUCGCAGCUUGUCACCCCAGCUGCUUCAGCAGAUGCCCAGCGGCAGCCCCAAUGGCAACGUGGUGGUUCGAACCAUGGGAAGGGGGGCACGAAGCCGGUCCCCCUCACUCAGCAGGCUGGGCGAAGAGGCCCGGCGGGCGGUACCCACUCAGCGUCAAGCAAGUCCCAGCAGUCAUGGCGAGGCAGUGGGAUUCAGAAGGAAGCUGUACAGUGCGGUCCCAGGCAGACACUUUGUGGUGGCUCGUCCUUACACGGCCCAGGCCCAAGGAGAAAUCAACCUCUACAAGAAGGAUCCAGUCAAAGUCCUCAGCAUCGGAGAAGGAGGCUUCUGGGAGGGCAGCACCCACGGCCAGCUGGGCUGGUUUCCAGCUGACUGUGUGGAGGAGAUCCCACCAAAGGCCACGGAGGAGAGGAGCUACUCCAGAGCGGACCGGGCUGACAGGAGAAAGCUCUUCAGAAACUACACUGUGGGUUCCUACGACAGCUUUGAGGCCUCAAGUGACUGCGUGCUGGACGACAAGACGGUGGUGCUUCACAAAAAGGAGAAUGAAGGAUUCGGCUUCGUUCUGCGCGGCGCCAAAGCGGAUACGCCCAUUGAGGAGUUCACUCCCACCCCGGCCUUCCCGGCCCUGCAGUAUCUGGAGUCGGUGGACGAGGGAGGCGUAGCUUGGCAGGCGGGGCUCAGGACAGGAGACUUUCUCAUCGAGGUAAAUCAAGAGAAUGUGGUGAAGGUGGGCCACAGACAGGUGGUCAACAUGAUCCGCCAGGGGGGGAACCGCCUCCUGAUCAAGGUGGUGACAGUCAGCCGGAAUCUGGACCCUGACGAUACGGCACGCAAAAAAGCCCCCCCCCCACCAAAGAGAGCCCCGACUACAGCACUGUCCAUGCGCUCCAAGUCCAUGACGUCCGAGCUAGAGGAACUUGCUACCCUAAGGAAAAAGAAAGGUGACAAAGUUGAGGAAAUGACACACAGCCAGAAGACAUCGCCAAUCAAUACAAAGAUCGCCACAAUAAAGCCACGCCCAUCCAGCCGCUGCUUGGUUACGUCUACUGAUCUGAAUGCCAUGUACCAUGAGCGGCAGGGAGUGGCAGUGGUGCCACCAACUGUACCCGGGGCCUUUUUGGGCUUACCAGAGAAGGCCACACUGAGGAAGCAGAAGUCCAUAGGUACAGCAGAAGAGGAGAAACAGGGAUACCUUACUCCCCCUCUGCUAAAGUUUUCUCGCAGCCUUUCCAUGCCUGACACUUCCGAGGACAUCCCUCCCCCUCCAGCCAUUUCACCCCCCUCACCACCUGGCUACAACUCACCAGCUGGCGCAGCAUCCAAAGGUUAUGGCACCACGAGAGCCAGCUUCACUCAGAACUCAGCUAAUGCUGUGACAACCAUUAGCAGACUCACAGAUGCCGGUACAUUGAGGCGGGGCUACUUCAGGCAGAGUUCGGAGCAUUUUGAGAGCACACGCACCCGAGGGCGUGCGCCGGUGCCAGAGAACCCUUAUUCUGAGGUUGGCAAUAAGAAUUUAUAUGUGCCAGCGAAACCUGCCCGAAGGAAGGGCAUGCUAGUAAAACAGCCCAACGUUGAGGACAGUCCAGAAAAAAACUGCCAUAUGCCAGCAAGUCCCUCAGGCGCUGUUUCAAUGCCAACUACACCUGUUGAGCGAACAUGCUCCUCCAUCCCCAUCCCCACCAUCAUCGUCAAGGAACCCUCCACCAGCAGCAGUGGCAAGAGCAGCCAGGGUAGCAGUAUGGAGAUUGAGCCAACCACUCCAGAACAUCCAUCUCUCAUGCCUACCCUUGGUGGAGGUCUACGUCCUGAAGACCCAAUGUCUCUAAGCAACCCAUUUGCCGCAGCUAUUGCUGGGGCAGUACGAGACCGGGAGAAAAGGCUUGAAGCAAAAAAGAACUCAAUUGCCUUCCAGUCAAUAGAUAUGACAGAUGAUGACUUAAGUGGCCCUAUACCAACCCCCCGUCUCCGCCAGUCAAAGUCCAUUGAUGAGGGAAUGUUUAGUAGUGAUGAACGACUUAGAAGGAUGAUGGCUCCCCCAAUGCACCUUGGACCUCCUGUUGGGGGGGGCAGUGGUAACAUGACAGAUUUUAACACGCCAGAGCCCACAGUUGUUCGGGAACCUCUAAACACAAGAACAGGCCAAUGUCUCAACCUGGACAGUCCCGUUAGUCUCCCAGCCACUCCCCCAAAAAGCCACUACAGGGCCAAUGGGACCUACCUUCAUCCUGUCACUGGGAAACCCUUAGACCCUAAUUCUCCACUUGCAUUGGCCCUUGCAGCUCGUGACCGAGCCAUGAAGGAGCAACAAAACCAUCAUCAAAAUCAGCAACAAAAUCCUCCUCAGGCACAACAAACCCACAAACAUGAAGCUCAGUCCCUGCCUCCACAGCCGAGCCAAAAAAAAGACCUCAACCAACCACUCUUUAUUGAUACCAAGCUGCGGUCUGGGAUUGAGACAAGUUUUGCUGCAAUCUCAUCAUCAACAAUGGGCCGUCCAGGGCGAGGUGGCUUGCGCAGGCAGAUGACUGAGCAGAAAUACGAGUCUGAUGGGGCACGGGAGGAGCGAACGCAUCAGGCAGUUGAGGAGAGGAAAAGUGCUCCCCCAGUCAUGGCUGACACACCUAAGUCAGCAGGGUUGUUGAUGGUUCACACAAGCACAGAAGCAAGCAACAAGGUCAACAACCAAGAGCUGGAAGGGCAAGACAGCAAUCAACCAUAUGAGCUAAAAGACAACAAUCAACCCGAUUCUCGCAAUGCCCAAGUAUUGUCUGUUAAUCCCCUGCCCUCCUCGGCACGAAGACGGAGCAUUCCUUUUGGGGAAUCCGUGGAUGAACCUGCAAAGCUGCCCUUUCGUAUCCCCCCACCCCCUCUGGCUUCAGUUGACAUUGAUGAGGAUUUUGACUACACAGACCCUCUUCCACCUCCUCUAGAGUUUGCAAACAGCAUUGACAUUCCAGAUGACCAGGCUAGUGCCAUUGCAGAGAUGAUUCAGCAACAGAGAAGAAACGGGGGGCCUCUCCUACCGCCAUACAAUGCCCAUGCACCCCCACCUGUUUCUGAUCAACACAAACGUGUGACAAACAGUGUUCUCCCUUCAUAUCCUGCACCUCCGCCAAACCCAGAGUCGGGCGUUGGUGACUCUGGUGUUGAGGAGGUAGACGGUCGCCGCAGUGGAGACCCUCAGCACACAGAGACAACAAGCACAGUGUCGGGCAUCUCUACCCUGUCAUCAGAGGGAGGCUUCUGCGACAGCACCUUAGAGACUCUUCAUGCCACUGUAGAUGGGCAUUCCUUUCUUAUAGACAGACCUCCUGUGCCACCCAAACCUAAAGGCAAAUCGGUCAUCAACAGAACAUCACUUUAUCAUGAUACCCUAAUUGAAGAACCUCCAGAAUCCUUUGGGUCGCCUCCUCAGGCUAUUCCUAUUCCUCCUUCGUCAUCUGAAUCUUCUAGAACAUCAAAGCUAUGGGGUGAUCAACACUCUGAGAUUCACAGCCCUCCAUCUACACCAGACACCAAGAACACCGUAAUCACAGAGUUGAGCUCCAUUCUGCAACAAAUGAAUCGCGAUAGGCCGCCCAAGUCGGGAGAGAGCCUUGAUUCCCCCACAGGAAACAGGGGGACCUUUGGAACAAGGCCCACAACUGAAGACUCAGGCACGCACGGCAACGCCAGCGCCAACGCCGCCACCUUCAUGUCCACGCCUCCGAGCAGCCUUCCUUCUCAGACACACCCCUGCAGCCCUCCAGACUCCGCCUCCUCUCUCACUCCCUGUUCUUCACUGCCUCCCUCGGUCUCCCCCACCCUCACCGACGUCUUCGGACUGCCCACCCCCCCCAUGGGCAGCAGCGGGGGCUACAGCCUGAGCUCCUCCUGCGGCGGAAGCGGCAGCUCGCGUUCUCCAUCGCCACUGACUCUCAUGCAGGCGGUGGCGGCGUCGGGGAAGCCCUUCGUUUCCAAGCCCGUGGAAGUGUGGAACAAGUACGACGUGGCUGACUGGCUGGAGAGCCUCAACCUGGGGGAGCACAGGGAUGCUUUCCUGGACAAUGAGAUUGAGGGCGCACACCUGCCCUCCUUACAGAAGGAGGACCUGAUAGAUCUGGGGGUCACCAGGGUGGGGCACCGCAUGAACAUCGAGAGGGCCCUCAAGCUGCUGCAGGACAGAUAAGGGCGGGGGUCACACAAGGAGCGCCGGCACGGGAGCGGGAGGUCUGCUUUCGACCCAAGUCUUCAGACCGCAGCGGCUCCGGUUCUGGAAGUCGAUGCUGUCUUUUGCUUUUUCUUCUCCUCCAUCCCAACACUGCCGUCAGGUCUGCCUCCCAUCUUUGGACGAUUGGAAUAUUGCCUGUCCUCAAAUACGUGGAAAUAAUUGGUUUCGCACCUGGACUGGGGCUUACUUACCCAGCUACACUUUUGGAAUACUGAAGACCUUCUCCGUGUGGCCCGUGGGCGGCUGCCUGAAAACCAGCUGAGCUGGGAUUUGUUCCUUUUCUAUCUUUGCUAGAAUUUGUUCAGAGAAUAAUAUUUCUUCACUAGAGUCCUACCGGAGUUAUAUUUCUGAGUGCAUCUAAAGUUGUAGACAAACACUUUUUGCUUUUCACCUCCUUUUGUCAACCAAUGCUAGCUGUAGGAAACCUCGUCUUGUGGCACGCACACUAAUGGAGGUGCGAGGUCUUCACAAAUGUGUGCACACCAAACAUGAAUACACACACGGCAAAUGUGGCUUGAGGAAGGAAGGAAGGAAGGAAGGAAGGAAGUGCACAUUUCAAGGUGGCCCACCAAAACAUGGCGGCAGUUCAUCCUGAGAAGACCACAUCAGAUUGUUCACUGCAGGACACCUUGUCUUAUCUUGGGCCCUACUUCACAAAUGUGUGUGUGUGUGUGUGUGCUUGCGUGUGUGUGUGUGUGUGUGUGUGUGUUGGCCUCCCUACGGAGAAAGUACUUUUUCAACACCAAUGCCCCCCCCUUCAACAUCAGCAGGUCAAACAGGACAAAACUGUGCUGACCUCGCUGACUCAAAGUUGAGAUCAUUAUUUGAAGAAUUGCACUUGAAGGAAUAUUUUGAUGUAUUGAGGGCAAGAAAAGGAGAUGCAUGCUAAAAACAAAGCAAAGUACAUAUCAGAUUGUAUGGAAGCUACCAUAUUUUUCGGACUAUGAGUCGCAGUUUUUUUCAUAGUUUGGCCGGGGGUGCGACUUAUUUGUGAAAUUAUUAACACAUUACCGUAAAAUAUUAAAUAAUAUUAUUUAUCUCAUUUGCAUAAGAGAGGAAGAAAAUGUCAGCAAUGGUCACACACACGUCAACCAAUAAGAAUUGUGCGGGUGGGGUCAUGGCAGAAGUGCAUUGUGGGUCAUGGGAUGCUAACUGCUAUAUGCUAUAUGCUACUGGCGUAGUUAUUAAAAUGGAUCAUUUCCUGGUUAUUUAUGCCUCAUAUAACCUACACUUAUUCAGCCUGUUCUUCACUAUUCUUGAUUUAUUUUAAAUUGCCUUUCAAAUGUCUAUUCUUGCUGUUGGAUUUUAGCAAAUAAAUUUCCCCCAAAAAAUGCGACUUAUACUCCAGUGCGACUUAUAUAUGUUUUUUACUUCUUUAUUGAGCAUUUUUGACCGGUGCGACUUAUACUCUGAAAAAUAGGGUAAAUACGGCCUCCAACAGUGAGGACAAGAAGUGUUUGGACAGUGACAGAGUUUAUUAGGAAUUUGUUGUGAGAGACGACUGCUGGGGAUUGAAAUACAACAAUCAAAACGUGAUUGAAAUACAACAAUCAAAACGUGAUUGAAAUACAACAAUCAAAACGUGAUUGAAAUACAACAAUCAAAACGUGAUUGAAAUACAACAAUCAAAACGUGAUUGAAAUACAACAAUCAAAACGUGAUUGAAAUACAACAAUCAAAACGUGAUUGAAAUACAACAAUCAAAACGUGAUUGAAAUACAACAAUCAAAACGUGAUUGAAAUACAACAAUCAAAACGUGAUUGAAAUACAACAAUCAAAACGUGAUUGAAAUACAACAAUCAGAACGUGAUAGAAGUGUCGUCAGGUUGUAAAGCAUGGUAGAUUUAAAGAAUAGAUUAUCAAGGAAUGUGCAAGUAGUCGACUGUAGAUGUGAGAAGUUGGGCUGUUUGUGUGGUUGGAGGUCAUCAGAGCGAGAGAAUCACAGCAUGAUUUCACUUAACUUGAAUCACAGCAUGAUUUCACUUAACUUGAGUCGAGGUUUGACCAGGAAUCAAAGGAACCCUCAACCACAAGAAAAGUUUUGGUGAAUUCUGUUGAGUUAUUCGGCCAUAAAAAUAUGGUUUAAAGCAUGAAUUGUAUUGACAUUCUACAAACUAUUACGUGUCAGUACGUUUCUUUCGAAGUACGUGACAUUGUAGUUUUCCCAAGGGACGCUUGGCAAAGGCAGCUGUUCUCUUCAUUCAGUCAUGUGACUUUGGUGGUGGUCAAGCAAAACAAUCUGUGCAGCAAACAAGCAGCCUGGACAUUAUUGCUAAAAGCAGAUAUGAAAAAAUAACAUCGAAUUAUGCGAUAGAAUCGAUCGCUACAAUGGAAAAAAUGCCCCUCUCAAAAACAGUUAAAGAAAUUGCUCAAAAUUAUUUUUGCUUGUAAUGAGCAAAAACCAUCUGCCAAAAUAGUCUUUUUAAGAUUUAUUACGGUAAGACAUUAUAUUUCAGCUUUUUCUUUUAGCAAUUAAAACUUAUUAUAAGCUAUACUUAGUAGGAUUGUAAAGUUUUGUGUCUUAUAACAAACUUGUGAUGCUGAAAAUGGGAUUUGUUUCCCCCCUCAGAAGAAAUAUUGCCAAAGAAGAAGUUGUUGUGUCCGACUGAAAGUGACUUUUCAGCGUGUGUUAAGUUUGCUGUGGGAUUUUGUUUACAAUUACAAAUAUAUUGUAUGCCAGCUAAGAUUGGGAGUUUUGUGUUAUCAGAAAAAUAUUAUUUGUAGUGAUGUGAAAGAUUAGCCAGCGGUCGCGUUCCUGGACACGUCGAACAGUCUGAUGUGCUUGACAACAUUCUACACAACAAAAGUGGUGAAAACUGUGAAAAACCUGCGUGGUUGCUUCAAGGUUAACCAUGAUUACAUUUUCAAUAUGCAUUACUGUCAAUAUUUCACAGAAUUAUUUAUUUCUUAAUAUUUGUUUUCUUUUGCCCACAAUGAUAUAUAAUAAUAUAAUAUAAUGCUGGGGUUUUAUUUACUCUUGUCUUUCAUUCGUGGUAAUUGGUCGAGUAUGUCAAAGAAAACUGCAAAACCCCCACAAAGUUUAUUGUCUUCUAACGCUUUCACAAAUGUACAAACCCCGUUUCCAUAUGAGUUGAGAAAUGGUGUUAGAUGUAAAUAUAAAC